UCCAUUCAUUCCGCAUCUCACUCUCAACGCCAUAACUACGCGCAAUUUACGGAGAACAUUAUAGUGACAUUUUUUGUGUGCUUUCCCUGUGCAAUUUGAUGAAAAUUUUGAGCGCGAAAAUUGUGUUUCAUAAGUGUGUUGCUUCGUUUAUGCUCUAAUUUCUGAAUUGAUCACUGUCAGUGCAGUGCAAGGUGACAUUUUCAAAUAACGACAAAUAUCCUUGAACUAUAAGUAUAGGGCUGUGAGGGAUUCUCAACAAAGACCAGCGCUGAAAAAGCUCAUUCACUAAUGAUCAUAAUAAUAGCGUGGUGAUGUAAGUGAAAAUUGAGCUCAUUCACGAUUUUGUUGUGUGUUUUGGACUUUCUUGUGUGAAAAGCAAGGCCCCCGAUGAGUUUGGCGCUGAAUUUCGAGCGCAAGUGUCGCACCUGUGGCACAGAUAUCUUGGAGCUGACAUGUGGCAUACCGAUCUUCGGAAGUGGUCUUCAGUUGGACCACAAGAUUUUGCGCUACUUGGGAUUGAACGUCUCCCUACAUGACGACCUGCCCAAAUGUUUAUGCGCAACCUGUUUCAUCAAAGUCGAAAGCAUCGACAAAUUCGCCAUUCUCGCCAAAAAGACCGAGGAAGCAUAUCUUGGCUGGUUCAAAUGCAUUCGAGCAAACCUAGCCAAGCAGUACAUCCCACUAUCAGCGGCACACCAAAGAACUACUACUACUACCAUGGCUUCUACGUCCGCUCCAGGCAGUUCACCGAAGCUCGAUUACGGCAUGCUGAAACAAGCCGUCAGUGAUCAAAUCUCAGUCAGCUGCAACAGCCCUUCGACCGCUGGUGAGCUGCAGAUGAUAAAAUUAAUCAAACCGGAAGUUUCGAUUAUAUCUUACAGUGAUCUUAAGCUGGGACUAUUGAUCAAGGAUCAAGAGUUGUUGAAGUUAAUCCUAAAGGCGCUGAAGUGGGCAGAACAUGACCACAAGGCCACCUUCGAGGUGUUAAUUCAGAGGCUAAAGAACACAACUUUUAGAGAAAUUUUGUCUAACCGUAACUUAUUAAACGACAGCGAUCUGACACAACUGUUGAAGUCGUACGUCGGACAGGAAGCGUUCAACAAGUUUACAACUGGUACAAGUAGCGAUAUCAACAACCUUAUGAGUUCAAGAGCUGCAACUAUCCAGCCUGUGUUCCAGGUUCAUUCGGCAAGCCCUUCCGUAAAUACGGGAAUAACUAAAAAGUUCAAAUUAGACGACGACAGUGUAACCCAAAUGGAGGUUGGCGUUGAUCCCAGCCUAUACUUGGACGACGAAGAGUCGCAGAAUAGAUUCAAACACGAACGUCAGCGCAAGCCGGAAAAUGUUGUUACAAUUCAGCUGGUCCCAGCUAAUCUAGCGAACAAGAGCUGCAACGAAAAGAUGAUACCAGCGAUUUUGAAAUGUGAUGUUCGCAGCCACGGAAGUUUCCUUUGUACAAAUUGCCCGUUAACCUUUAAUACUAAUUCUGAUUUGCAGCAGCACAUUGUGACAUCCCAUUUAAUCAGUUCUAAAAAGCUCUGUGCCGAAAACAUAGGUGACAAAAAAGUGAUCAAAAUAAGAGUUAAGAAAAAUAAGAUCAAUGCUGAAACUGUAGCUCCUAAGCCGCCAGAUGGAAACAUUCCGCAAUCGAUUCCAAUAUCUAUACCACCAACAACGACCAUUACAGUCAUACCCUCCGUAACAAGACCCGUGGAAAGCAAGUCUACGGAACCCAUGUCCAGCAAUGUGAAAGAUCUCGAAAAACCACCAAAACCAGAACGUUGUGAUAAUCCAGCAGGUUCAAUGAAAAAUCUCGAAAAAGCUUCAACGCCCCCAAAAGCACUAAAUAAACCAAAGAAGAAGCCAGAACGAAAAAUUACCAUCAAAUUAGAUCAGAUUCUGUCGAAACGGACCCGCAGUCAACUGAACAGAAGAUCGAAGCUAACGUGCACCAUCUGCAAGAGACGCCACACCACGAAGAGUGACCUAAAAGCACACAUGGAGUCACACACAAAGUCCAAGGGAAAGUACACCUGUGAAAAGUGCGAUCGGGUGUUCAAAACGUCGAUCAAUCUGUCGCGCCACCGACAGUAUCAUGCGGGGGAAAGCUUCUCCUGUGACCGCUGCCGACGAGUUUACCCGACCAGCAGUACGCUUCGGGCUCACAAAAUCACCCACAGCGAUGCACGGCCACACAAGUGCUCUAUCUGUAGUAAAACUUUCAAGCGGAGUCAGGAUCUGAAGUUCCAUCUGAACCAGCACACCGGAGCACGGCCAUACAAGUGUCCACACUGCCCAAAAUCAUUCGCCAGUUCUGGAAAUUGCUUUUCCCACAGGAAACGAAUGCACGAUAUUGAAACUAGCGCUUGCACUGUGAAAGAAAAGUUAGACACCAGAUCAAGCAGAACAUUUAAAAAUUCAACGAAACCCAUUUAAUUCCCUGUGAUAAAUUUAAAUGUUAUAUACGUAGAUGUAAAAAACAAAUUUCUGGGUUAAGUUGCACAGACUUCGAAGCUAACCGUCCGAUUGCGCUGCACACUCACAAAAUAUGGUUAGCUGGGUCUCUGCUGUACGCGUGUCGUACUUUUUGUCGUUAUUUUGGUGCCGUGAAGCACACCGAGACAUUUCUGUAUUUUUCAAUAAAAAGCCCUAGUUUAUAACACACGAUGUUGCAGUGUCGCAUCUAAUGUUGCAGCGUCACACCUCAAUAUCCAAAAGCUACAUGUUUCGCGAUACGUGUAUACAGCACCCCUUGCGGCAACAAUCCUCCUCACUCAUUCAAUAUCCGAACCAAACGACGCUUCUAAUUGUCCAAGAUAUUUGGUAUGUCGAAGGUAAGUUUACACCCGGCCCUUGCAUGCGUAUUGGUAAAAUAGUAAUCCUGACUGAACAAAAUCUGAGAGCGUUUUGUUAUAUGAUUUGAUAACGUAGCUUUUCUCAUUCAUAUUGUUAUCACUGAUUCAUACUGACACCAAUACUUUAAACUUAAAUAAAUGAGAAUAUAGUCAUAGCAGACA